UAUAGAAAGAAAAAAAUUUUGGUGCUAUAUUCAAAAGGCUGCAAGUAUAGGACAUCUUAUUUAACCGACAUGGAAAAAUAAAUAUUACAAUGAUUACAAAGAUUCAGCGAAUCAUUCGUAACAUUAUUGUUCCAUUUUUGUGGUACAGCCCCCUCGUUAGAUGGUUUACUACUUAUCGUCAAGAGUGAAACAUAUUGGAUAGAUAAAGCUAACUAGCUGGUGAAAGGGUUCACAAGGAGAUAGUAACAACUUAUUUAAUUAUGUCAGUUUGACAGAAGAAGCAAUAAGAAGAGUACUUCAAGGAGGGAAAAUAAAUAAAUAAAUAAAAUAAACACUAGUCUUUAUAUUUACAUGUAAGUAUAUAACUGGAGGAGGUUAUGGGUUAUGGCAGCUAGCCUAUUCAAGAAAGACUUCAGACAUUAUCAAUUAAUAUUUCCCAUCUCAUCUCUUCCUAGUAUUUUACGCAAAGAAAUGGUUGACAAGUUAGAGAACAAGGUGCUUAUUAGGGAAUACAAUGAAGACAGAGAUAUUAAAGUGGUGGGGAAGCUUGAGAAGAAUUGUGAGAUAGGGUCUAAUAAGGAGGUCUCCAUUUUCACCAACAUGAUGGGUGACCCCUUACGUAGGAUUAGGUUCUAUCCUGUUCAUAUUAUGCUGGUUGCGGAGCUGCGUGAAAAUGGGGAACUUGUCGGUGUGGUUAGAGGAUGCAUCAAGUGUGUGGGGACUAGAUUUGGAGCAACUUAUGUGAGGUUAGGCUGCAUCCUGGGCCUUCGAGUCUCUCCCAAGCAUCGACGGAUGGGGAUUGGAUUAAAACUUGUCAAGUCAGUUGAAGAAUGGCUUGUGGGAAAUGGAGCACAAUAUACUUUCCUAGCAACUGAAAAGAACAAUGUGGCCUCUACCAAUCUCUUCACUUCCAAGUGUAACUACACCAACUUUAGUUCACUGGUGAUAUUUGUUCAGCCAACUAGUCUCCCUGUGAAAGGGUUGUCUCAAGAUAUUAAGAUAGAAAAGCUGCAAAUAAACCAAGCAAUUUCUUUGUACAAUAACCGGCUAAGAGGCAAAGAUAUAUAUCCAACAGAUAUUGAUGCUAUAUUGAAGGAAAAGCUGAGCCUUGGUACUUGGGUUUCUUAUUUUAAAGCAGAGGAGUGGAUUAUCUUGCACAGCAAUAAUGAGAAGAAUAAUGAAGAAGACAUCAUUAGUAAAACUCCGAGUUCUUGGGCCAUCUUUAGCAUAUGGAACUCUUGUGAGGCAUACAAGUUUCAUAUUCGAAAGUCUUAUCAUCCACUUAAGUUUUUUCAUGCAACUCUAAGCCAUGCAAGAGACAAGAUUUUCCCUUGCCUUAAAUUGCCAAUUUGCGACUCACUGCAGAAACCAUUUGGUUUCCUAUUUCUCUAUGGGCUUUAUGGAGAGGGAGCAAGGCUACAAGAGCUGGUGAAAUCGAUAUGGAGCUUUGCGUCAAGAUUGGCUGAAAAUGUGAAGGAGAGCAAGGUGAUUAUUACUGAGUUAGGGGUCUCCGAUCCACUAAUGGAGUAUGUUUCCCAUGAGUCUUCUGUGUCGUGCAUUGAUGAUCUUUGGUACUUGAAGAAAGCGAAUGGCCUGGAUGAACAGGUGGCCCUGGAUCAAGUGGGAAAUGUAUUUGUUGAUCCAAGAGAUUUUUAGGUUUGCUAUCAGCUGAUUUGUUAAUCAGAGUGCUUAAUUAUGAAAUAAGUGCAAUUAUCCAUAUAGCUUGCGUAUGCUUACCUACUGAAAUCCUAUAUUAAUAAGGAACUACAUUUGUAAAAUC